AUGUUUACAUUAUUUGUAGAGGAGCCAUCAAGAUAUUUAAUUUUAAUACGAUUUUAUGAAGAUUUUCAAGAAUUUGAUAAAAGAAUUAAACAUUACUUGAAGGAAUCCAAGUUAUGUUUACCAAAAUUGCAACAGAAUGAAAUAUUACAACCUAAUUUAUCAAGUCGACAAAGAAACCAUAGUUUUAGACAAAAAGUAUUACAAAGUCUUUCAAUAAUAAAGAACAAAUCUAUCAUGACUAGAGUACAGACUGCUAUCAGUAAUGCAGAUAAAAUAGAAAAGUAUUUACGUCAUUGUAUAGACGAUUCUAAUAUUCAAUCCUGUUCCCUUCUUAAAGACUUUCUUCAACCUCAAAGAGAAGAAGAUAAGGUGAUCUUGAAAGACGAUUGUCCUCAGGUUCAAAGGAUGUUACAAACAACUAGACAUGAUGCUAUACAACAACAAUUGAAAGAAUCUUGCCAACCUAUAAUUAAUGACAGUAUUCAUGUUUCUUUAAUAGAGAAUAUAAAAGGUGAUAAUAUGAGGGUACUUAAAAAUGACUCUUCUUUAUCUUCUUGCACCUCAGAAACACCUGUAACUAUUCAAGACUUUCAACUCAUUAAAGUGAUUGGAAAAGGCUGUAUGGGAAAGGUACUUUUGGUUCGACAUCGAAGGACAUCCCGGUUAUUAGCCUUAAAAGCGAUUAGUAAAAAAGCUGUGAUUGAACAAAGUCAGAUAAUACAUAUUCGAACAGAACAACAAAUCUUGGCUGAUAUUGCAUCUAUUCAUCAUCCCUUUUUAAUUAAACUUCAUUAUUCAUUUCAAGAUAUGAAUCAAUUAUUUCUUGUACUUGAUUAUCAUGUAGGAGGUGAUUUGGCAACGCAACUUAAAAUUCAUUAUACCUUGACUCCCGAAAGGUGUAGGUUUUAUGCAGCCGAAAUUAUUCUGGGUAUACAAGAAUUACACAGUUUAGGAAUAAUAUAUAGAGACCUCAAGCCUGAAAAUAUUUUAUUAUCAGCAGAGGGUCAUGUUGUCUUAACAGAUUUUGGCCUCUCUAAACAAUUCUAUGGCAGUCCAAAUGCUAAGGAACAGAGAGCAGAUACAUUUUGUGGAACUGCAGAAUAUCUUGCUCCAGAAAUACUGAAUGAACAACCUUAUUCUUAUGAGGUUGACUAUUGGAGUUUUGGUACAAUUCUUUAUGAAAUGUUGAUUGGAGUUACGCCAUUUUGGGCAGAAAAUCGUGAUGAAAUGUAUCGUCGUAUCCGCGAAGAUCCACUUCAGUUCCCUGAAUUUAUUGAUAUUGAAACAGCUAACUUUAUUGCCCAUCUUUUAAAACGUGAUCCACAGCGUAGAUUAGGAUAUAGUCAUCUAAUUGAAGAGGGAGCUACUCGGGUCCGUUCUGAUCCUUAUUUUAAUUAUAUUGAUUGGCAGCUUAUCUAUACGAAACGAAUCAAACCACCUUAUGUACCUAACCUAUGCUCAGAGACAGAUCUUAGUCUUUUUGAUCACGAAUUUUUACUCUUGACACCACGUCUUUCACCUGUUGAAAGUGACUAUCAUCCAAGCCAAACUUUAGAUCCCGUCUUUGAAGGUUAUUCAUAUAUUAAUUGUGAAAACUGUCCACCAGAUUCACCUCCUUCUGAAGUUUAUUCCUUAUCCGAACCACCACCCAUUACAUUGCUGGAUACAAUGAUACCUGAUAGUAAUAUGAACGAUACAAGAUAUUAUGUAUAUAACGAAAGUGAUGUAAUAAUACCUUAUGACGAUUGUAUUGAGAGCGUUAAUGAAGAAGAAGAAGAUGAUGAUGAUGCAAUUUAUAUUUCUGAUUUUAUUCGUCAUCGUGAUAGUAGUGGUUUAUUUCCUCUAGAUGACGAAACUGAUUCACACCAUGAUCCACCCAGACCUUCUAGACCUGUUUUUUCACUGAAAGAAUAA